GUGUUUGGAGAAAACUCUCCUGAGUUACUGUAUUACAGUAAACUUCUGUGGGAAACACUGAAACAACAUUAAAAGAAAGAUUAUCUUAAUAUGCUAGUAAGAGGGCAAAAGGUGUUUGAAAUGCUUUUCAACUUCUUGGUAAGGUAACAUGCAUUCUCCAGAACUGAUGUGAAUAUAUACCACCUUUCUCAAACCAUAUAAAAAUUAACUGAGCUUUUAAAAUCAGGUUCAGUCGGUUUGCAGAGCAGGUGAUCAAAGAGGGACACAUGGAAGCAGAGAUGAGGAACAAAGGAGGUGUAGUACUUGGGCAACAGAAAGGAGGAGGUGGCAGUGGGUCAGAUGACCAAAGAGAGGGAGAGAAAGGCUGCACAUGAGGCACGGAAGACCAGAGGGUCAUAUGGUGAGGUCAACAGUCAGGCAAAUGGCAGGGACUUCAGCCCCCGUGUCAGGAACCAGUCAAACACAGAUGACACAGUGACCUUAUUUUUCUUCCUCCACCCAGAAAAGCUCUGCGCUAUGUCUGCUCCUGUUUACCCAGGUGCUCCAAACCAGCCACCCUAUCCCAUGUCUCAGCCCGGCGGAGCACCGUAUCCAGUUCCUCCUGGAUAUGGAGAUCCCAGUCAAGCCCCUCCACCCGGCUUCAACAUGGGCUAUUCAGGACAACCUGCAGUCAUGUACCAGCCAGGACCCGUAGGGCCAGCUCCAGGACCCGUAGGGCCAGCUCCAGGCCCUGAAUACGGUGGCCCACCAAGGGGGAUCUCCCCAGCUCCUGGAGUUCCAGCAGACCCUGUUGGUGUCCCACCUGGACUUGAGUACCUGACACAGAUUGACCAGAUCCUGAUCCAUCAGAAAGUCGAACUCCUGGAAGCAUUCAUCGGUAUUGAGACAAACAACGAGUAUGAAAUAAAAAACAGUCUGGGUCAAAAGAUCUACAAUGCCAAAGAGAAGAAUGACUGCUGCACCAGGAACUGUUGCGGCUCUAUGCGCAGCUUCCAAAUGAAAAUCAAGGACAACAUGGACAGGGAGGUCAUCCGUCUCAUCAGGCCUUUCCGCUGCUCCUGCUGCCCCUGCUGGCUGCAAGAGAUGGAGGUGCAGGCUCCACCGGGGACCACCAUAGGGUACGUCAAAGAGGACUGGCACUUUUACCUGCCAAAGUUUUCCAUCCAGGGAGCAAACAAGGAGACACUCAUGAGAUUGGAGGGGCCCUGCUUUGCCUGCAACUGCUGUGGAGAUGUCAACUUUGAGCUGAAAGGGAAAGAUGGCGACACACCCAUUGGUCGCAUCAGCAAGCAGUGGAGCGGCCUUCUGAAGGAAGUCUUCACUGACACAGAUAAUUUUGGCAUCCAGUUCCCGCUGGACUUGGACGUGAAGAUGAAAGCUUUGCUGCUGGGCGCCUGCUUCCUCAUUGAUUUCAUGUUCUUUGAGAAAAGCGGAGAGACCAAGGAUUGCAGCAGUGUGUUUUCAUAACAGAGGAAAAAGGAAACGUGGGGGGGACGGCCUGUGAUGAAGGUGUUUUCCUGUUAUGUAACAUUUGCAAUUUUUUUGUUCAUUUGUUACCAGUCCCAGAAUCUGUUUAUAUACACAUACAACUCAUUGUGAGCGAAUAAACUCAUGAUUAGAUUUGAAACUUUGAAUCUCUCCAAAGUCAAAGACUGAAGUUUUCAGUGUUUCUGUACAGUCUGUAGAUGUUUCACCUCUUUUUAAGCACAUCACCGUAUUCAUAGCAAACACUUUACGCUACCAAAGAAAGUUAAACUUAGAAACAAGUGUGGACACGCAUCCUUUGGAAUGUGCUUUUGCUGCACUUGUGUUCACGUUUCAUUUCUUUCUUCUUUUUUUGUCACCAUCAGUUUGUUUUUUAUUGUUAGUAAUUUUAUGUGCUUGCUCGAGCUUUAUGAAGAGAUCACAGUAUAUCUAGUAUAAGUGCAAUACUGUUUUGUAGAAGAUGUAUUCAUUGCUUUGCCUUCAUUUAUCCAGUUAAAUGGUGGCAGAGUCGCUCUGUCAGUCCAUUGCUUUGGUAUGAUGAUCAUCAUAUUUUGUGUACAGAUAUUUUUUAAUUUAGAAGUUAGCUUUUCUUUAUUACUUUGGUGUAUGCUCUACCAAACCUAUUACAUUCCUUUGAGCCUCCACUGUAGGCUGUAUUUAGUGUUAAUCAGCAAGUGUUGGCAUGCAAAACACACUAAGAUGUGAUGCUUGACAUGGUAAGCCUCAAACCUGCCUUGGCUUCAUUAUAUCAAUGUCACUGUGAAUAUCUUAGCAUAAGCAUUUGGCGGUUACCACUUGUGGGCCAGAGUCCCACUACACAGAGCCACUAGCACAGCUUUUAAUCUUUUUGAAACUUAUCAGAAGCCAUAUAGAAAACCUUGAGGUUAGCCGCGGGAAUCCUGCUCUGGUUAUUUAGCUCAGGGUGGCAUCAUGUGCAAAUGUUAGCAUGUAAAUACACUGAAGCAUAAUUGCAGAUAUGCUAAUCAUUAAACCUGCUUGACAUUAUUUUAUCAUCCAUGUAAAUAGUUUAUCUUUAAGCUCAGUUUGGGCUAAAUGCUAACUACAGCCACGAAGUGCAUCACCCUAAGUCUUUUUGGCAUUAACUAAAGCUUAUGGGAAACAUUUAGCCACAGUAAACUGGCUGUUAGCAUUUAGCCCACAUAAGGAAGUGACAUCGUAAUAGCAUGUAGACAUGCUAACUUAGAUGGUUGAAAUGGCAAGCAUCUUAACUACUAAACAACCUGUUGUUAACAUGUGCCACUGUUGAGGUUUUAGCAUUUAGCCCAAAGCUCUACUGUGCCUACGUACAGACAGUACCUGCCUUGUCCUAAUUUUGCAGUUAGUUGACUGCUUUACAAAAAUUCUGAACGAGUUAGCCGCUGUCACUUGUUUAGGGAUGUGUUGCCUUUAUUGGUGUGAAGUUGUGAAUCACACAUUUUUACUAAAGUGCACUCUUUCUAUUCAGCAACAUGUCUUCAGCCACGGUGCAUGAUGCAAAGCUGUUGAACAGGCUUUACUCUAAAUGGUCCUGUGCUCCCUUUAUGGAGUUUGGUGGUUGCCUGUGACACUGGUGACACCUCACCAUCUAGUUUCUUUCACAUACCACUGUGUUUGAACAUAGGUGAGGGAAAAAUGUAAAAGCAGAUGUUGAGGUUAGUGAGCAUUGAUUUGGCCUCAGAAUGGUUGGAAAACCCCACCGGCAAAGCUUGCAUGAAACACUGUGUAGUUCUUAAGUCCCUGGAAAGAGUUGGUGCAGUUAUUACUGCUGGUGCAGAGAAAGAGAGAGGGAGACCGGAAUCUUAACUGAAUCAAUUGACUUGUUUUCUUAUUUGGUUGCUUCACUCUACAGUGUUUGAUAGAUGAGAGGUUAAUGUUGCACUUCUGUGUUUAAUAAUCACUCUUGUUCUGGGAACACCUCCAGUGUGAAACCUGGUUGCCACAAGUGCUUUAAAAUCCAGCUAGCUGUUUGCCAUCACCAACCAAAUGUAUGUGCAUGCAUAAAUAUAUGUAUAUGUUGAGUGGCCAGUACUCUCUAGGAUAACUAACCAAAGCAUGUACAGUUGAUUUAAGUUGGGAACUCACAGUUUAGUGUUCCUCUGGAGGCUUUUUCUAUCAUAUAUGUGCAGCUGGGAGGGGCUGCAACAUGUUUCCCGUGUUUUUAAUCAAAAAUGUUUUGUAACACUUUUCUUGUGAUUGGACAUUUUUACAUAUACAAGCAAUAAUGUAUUUCUCCAAUAAACAAAUGCAAUGAUAAGCCUUCAUUAAAAGCA